AUUCCCGUUAGGGUCGUAAUAUUAAAUCCAAUGGGUUGUAUUAUUGUGUGACGUACAUGGCGGGAAUUGCAAUAACUGAAAACCCGGAAAUGAAACUGACAAGUUGAUCGCUUGACUGCUCUGUCGUUCUUGGUGAUCUCUGUCGCGAUGGCUGCGUUCUACAGUAAUACUUGUAGAUUUGGAGGAUGUGGUCUGACGUUUGCUACCCUGGGUGAGCUCAUUGAACACAUCGAGGACACACACAUAGAUAGUGACCCGAGAUUUCUAGAGAAAUUAGAGAUUCAACAACCGGCGUAUUUAGCGUUGAGUUACAUUAUGAGGUUUGUGACGGACGCUGCACGCGAACUUAUGAAAAAGAAGAAAACUCAUUCGUUGAAUAAUUCACAACGAAGUACAACACCCACAGGAAGUGAAUUUGAUGAGGAUGAACCGUUCAGUGAAUCAGAAGACAGCGACGAUUCAUGGACAACACAAGAAGAGUUUAGUUCAGAGUUGAUACUUAGUAUGAUGAACACAACGGGCGGGGACGAGAAACCGUUUGCGUGCCCAGUUCCGGGAUGUAAAAAACGAUAUAAAAAUGUAAACGGUAUUAAGUAUCAUGCCAAGAAUGGACAUCGGAAAGACACUAAGGUAAGAAAAGGCUACAAAUGCAGAUGUGGAAAAAGUUACAAGUCAUCCCAAGGAUUGCGUCAACAUGCCAUCACUCACCAUCCUCCCGUCGCUAACACUGUUGCCAUGACAACAAUCAACAGUAACCUACUUAUGACGAAUACAUCCACCAUAGCGACCACUGUACUGCCAUUGAAUGUGACCUCGAGUAACAACGUAGCGACUGCCUCGGUAGCACCUGGAAUGGUUGUCACGACAACUGCAAAUACACCACCUGUAACCGUGCAGUGAGGAGAUGUAAGGUUGUUUCCUAUUGGUCUACAUCACUCCCAGAGUGCACUAGUGUUCACUUCCUGCCAAUUAUCAACUCAGUCUUAAUCGGAUCAAUUGUGUUGUUUUUGUUUCCAUGCCAACAGCUCCAAGACAUUGAAUAGCAGGAUCUGAUUGGUUGAAUCAAACACUGCUACAUUGUGACAAAGUUCAAUUCAAAUAUUAUAUAUUAUUUUUAUAAACUGUCCUAUUAAGAAUUCAAGGCCCCGUACUCUGUAUAAUCUACAUAUCAGAUGGUUCUUACUCUAUAGCUUACUUAAUAUACUGGUUGCAGGGCUCUAUAUGAACAGUGCACACAGAGACCAUCAAGUCUUGUGUUAGGGCUAGAAUUUCAGAUUUUCAAAUAAUUAAAAAUACACUGAUAUUCCAAAGUAACAAAUUUUCAGUUGUUCUCCACAGAGUGUGCGGUUAUUUUCAUGUAUUCACAUUUAUGUGCAUGAACUAGCAGACAUUAUUGUCAGGCUGCCAGUUUUAAAUGCAACUACUGAAACUUUUCAAAUAAUUG